AUGGCUUUACCAACCCUUCAGACGAUAAAAGAGUGCGCCGACUUCCACAAGACCGUCGAACCCUUCCUCCCCCAGCUCUACGACCUCCCCCAAAAGCUCCUCGACAACUACUCGAACCGCGAUGCCCUCGUCCAAAUCUACCUCGAGACGAACCCACUCAUCUCCGGAGCCGCGUUCUCGAUCUUCCUUGGCGUCAUCUUCUUGGUGACGGCGGAAGUCAACAGGAAUUUUUCCCAGGUCGAUAGGGCGUGGAGCAUCCUCCCUGCCGUGUACAAUGUCCACUUCGCGGUGUGGGCGCGUCUCGCUGUUGAACCCCAUAGCAGGACGGAUUUGGUGGCGCUGUUCUCGAUCGUGUGGAGUAUUCGCCUGACUUAUAACUACUGGCGCAAAGGCGGAUAUCAAAUCGGAUCCGAGGACUAUAGAUGGGCCCACGUCCAGAAGUGGAUGCAUCCCGUCCUCUUCUCGCUCUUCGAUCUCCUCUUUAUCGCAUUCACACAGAGCUUCCUCAUCUUCCUCUUCUCCUCGGCGCCUGCAUACAUCAUCUUGCUCACGAACAAGUUCGAGCCCACGCUCUCCAGCGGAGAUUUUGGAUAUUUUGCGGUGGAAUUGCUUCUAGUAGUCAGCGAGUACUUCUCUGACGGGCAACAAUGGCAUUACCAAACCGCGAAGCACCAGUAUCAAAAAGAUGCUAAACUCCCGCGCGGCUUCGCCCAGGCCGACCUCGAUAGGGGUUUCAUCACCUCUGGUCUCUGGGCCUACAGCCGCCACCCUAACUGCGCCGCCGAGCAGCUCAUCUGGUUCUUCCUGUACCACUGGUCCUGCUUCUCCUCGACUGCGCUGUACAGCUGGGCCGCCGUCGGUUCCUUCUCCCUAAUCAUGCUCUUCCAGGGUUCGACGUUCUUGACGGAGUCGAUUAGUGGUGGAAAGUAUCCGGAAUACCGCCACUACCAGGACACCGUUGGCAUGUUCCUUCCUAGCAGCUUUAGGCCAUAUCGGGCACCUGAGGUCGAGGGGCCGAAGGUGAUUAGGACGAGUGAGCUGCUUAAGAAGCAGAAGUCGAAGCAGAAGCUGGGGAAGCGCGAGUAG